AUGACAGCCACAAAAGACUACACAGGCGGACUCGGAUACUGCGCCGCCGGGUUAUCCGGCGAAGACCUAUGGCCCGUAUUCGACGGCGCCUGGCUCGUCGCCGCCAGCGCAAAGUACGGAUUAUCCGGCAUAGACAUGCGCUUCGGCAUGAUACUCGCCAAGCUUGGCAACGUAAUCUGCACCCUCGUCUCCGGCUUCGGAUUAAGCUGA